AUGUGUUUUCCGCAUCCCUAUCACGAUUGUUCAUCCAUCCACUACCCUGUCCAAACCCGGGACAUCCAUGGUCGCCUCCUCUCCCCCCUGCCCCUCACCCACUCCCCCUAUCCAUCCCUGUCUUCCCCCUGCCCCUCACCCACUCCCCCUAUCCAUCCCUGUCUUCCCCCUGCCCAUCUCCCACUCCCCCUAUCCAUCCCUAUCUUCCACCUGCUUCCCCCUGCCCCUCACCCACUCCCCCUAUCCAUCCCUAUCUUCCCCCUGCCCCUCACCCACUCCUCCUAUCCAUCCUUGUCUUCCUCCUGCCCCUCAUCCACUCCCCCUAUCCAUCCCUGUCUUCCCCCUGCCCCUCACCCACUCCCCCUAUCCAUCCCUGUCUUCCCCCUGCCCCUCUCCCUCCUUGGGGAAGUGGAGAAAGGGAACUAA